AUCACGUGAUACAGCGCAGUCUACAGGCAAAGCGCUCGUCUGCUGAAAAGUUGUUGCAUUUUCGCACAAAGCAGGAGUGUUUGACACUUCCGGAGGCUUGAUGUGAAGCUUCAACAUGACUGCCAAAUGUAAAUGCUUCAGCUAAAGCGUGUUUAUGGACUGGACUGAUCCGUGAAAAUGCCACUGAAGACAGAAUGUUUGGUUCUGCUCGUCUUGUCGUGGGUCGGUUCUCUGCGCGCUCAGGAUGAGAACCGUGUGGUGUUUUCUCUGGGAACCUUCCAGAAUGUGAGCGUCCCAGUGAACGGAACGGUUCAGGCUGUCGUUUCCCGGAUUCCUGCGGACGUUUCCUUCAUAACACUGCAGUUUCACACACAGCACCGCAAUGUGACACUCUCAUACUCACAGGUCCCGCUUUUUGGUUUCUCGGUCACGGCAGAAGAUGCUGGGUUAUUGUCCGCACUGAUACCCAGUCAGUCCACCAUCUCCUGGUUCCUGAACACCCCUGACGGCAGUAGCGCAGCAGCGAUUGGUGUUAUUCUGCCCUACACCAGCACUGAUCCCGUUCCCGGAGCAUGCAAUCAGGAAUUCCCAAUGGAGAUUGAUCCUAAUAUAUACUUGAAAUACAACCUGUUUGAGACCACGAUUACCUUUGCGCCUGCUAAUCUCGGAUAUGGAAGAGGGGAGAUUCCUCCAGCGUGUGACGUGCAGACAGACUCCAGCACUCGUUGGCGGCUGGUUUAUGAGGUCUAUCAGUUCUUCCUGCCUGAAGGCGACCAAUCAGAACAGAGUCUGAUCAGCAGCAUGGAGAGAGUUGCCAACGUGCAGAACGUGCAGGACAACAGCAGAAAAGUGAUGUCUUUAUCCUCUCAUGAGAAGACGCAGUUCUCCUUCAUGUCUCUGCCGGGUCAGGGUGUGAUUUUCUCAGUGAUUGUUCGAGAUCCAGUGCUGAACACUUCAGCGUCCUACAUCCCAGUCCACACAUACGCCUGCAGCUUCAACUCUACGCUGGAUGGGUGUCAAGAUCUGGACAAAGUCUCCACUAAAGUGUUUUUCACUGUACUGGGUUUGGCUGGGCUGUUUGUGUGUUUUGUGGGUCAUCGCUUCUUCAAAUGUGAGCUGUUCGGUAUGGGAUUUGGGUUUAUGGCGUUUAUCUUUUUUGUCCUGAUCACCACAACCACAACGCUGGAUUAUAACAUUCGAUUGGCUCUGACUGCGCUCAUGGGCGUGGUCGGAGGUGUGGUCUUGGUGAUGAGCUGGUGGCGGUUUGGUUCAGUCCUGGCCUGUGUGUUAGUGGUUGGACUCAUUCUUGGAUUUCUCAUCUCAUCCAUCCUCUUUUUCACUCCACUUGGUGAUCUUCCGGUCUUCCACAAUGACGUGGUCUUCUGGGUGGUGUUUGUUUGCAUUAUGGUGGUUGUUCCUUUGUUCUUCAUCAGGUGGCCCAGAGAGGGUAAUAUCAUGACAUGUGGUGUGGUGGGUGCGUAUACUGUUGUCCUGGCGGUCAAUGCCUACACCUACACCAGUCUGUCCUACAUCACGCUGGACGUCCUGAAGCGCUUUCUCAACCACAACUUCAGCCGUGCGUUUAUUUCUGUCCCGCUGCAGGAUAUCGAUUUCAUCAUGAUCACGGUGUGGGUGGUUCUGGGGGUUUCGGGGAUCAUUGUGCAGCUCUAUCGAGAAAAGUCUCGCCCGUUUUUCCCACCAAGCCCAUAUGUGUUGUGGAAGCAGGAGCGAGAGCGCCGGAAAACCAAUGUUCUGGAUCCCAGCUACCACAAACCAUCAUUACCGGCCCAAAUAAUGGGACGCAUUCGUCAGCUUACACGCCGUGCAGAACCAGCCGGAGAAACCACACCGCUCCUGCUUUAACGUUUGACUCUAUAUGAAGAGUGUAGAUGCAGAAACCUCUACAUUUUCUUCUAUCAUGAGCAUUUUCUCCAUCUCCUGUGUGUUUAGCCUCAGUGAUUUCCUUUUAUAGUGACGAAUAAGUUCUUUUCAUUGCCUUUCAAGUGAAAAAACAUAGAAAUGCUCAUUUUAGGAGAACGUUUCAGCAUCCACUCUUCAUAUAUAAGUCUGUAGUGUGAAAUAUGAGGAUUGAGCUCGAUUUUAUAGAGCCUGGAGACUCAGACACGACAAUGAGAACGGUUGCAAAACUCAAACACACACACAACACUAAUGAUAAUGUGCACUGGUGUGUGUUUUGUUUUUGUGUAAUUUCCCAGUUUUCAGUGCUUGAUUACAUUUAGUCUUGUUAAAGGGGUAGUUCACACAGAAAUUAAAAUUCUGCCAUCAUUUAUUCUCGCUUUACUUGUUCUAAAGCAAUUCUGUUGAACUCAAAUGAAGAUAUUUUGAAGAAUGCUGUAAACCUGUACUCACCGACUUGCAUAGUUGUUCCUGCAAUGGAGAAGUCAAGGGCUACAGGUUUUUAACAUUCUUCAAAAUAUCUACUUUUUGUAUGUACCACUUAUGUUGCUGAACUCUGGUCACAUUUAGUCUCAUUAAAAGGUUAGUUCCCGCAGAAAUGAACAUUCUGCCAUAGUUUACUCUCUCAUUAUUUGUUCUAAAGCAGUUUGAGUUUCUGCUGUUGAACUCAAAGGAAGAUAUUUUGAAGAAUGUUUAAAGAAGCCUGUAGUUUUCCCUACUAUGGAAGUCAAUGGUUACAGGUUUUCUAACAUUCUUCAAAAUAUCUCCUUUUUGUGUUCACCACUUGAAGGAGAGUAAAUAUUUUUCUUUUUGGGUGAACUAUCCCCUUUUAAGCUACUGACCUCCAGCAUAUUUAGCAUCAACCUGAUUUUAGAUGCAUUUUAGCAUGUUUUGAGAGACGAUAGACAUGGUAGACGUGCCACUUUUUUAAAACCGUUUGUCCUAUUUUUAAUUGCGUCUAGUUAAUAUAAGAGCACCACCAUGUGCCUGUCAGAGCGAGUGUUUUUUUUUUUGUUUUGUUUUUUUAAAGACACCCAGUUUACCAUUGAAAUGAAUGUAUAACACACUGCCACUGCAUACCGAAUGAACCAGUGUUCAUUAACAGCCACUGUAAGCCUCUACGGCUGAUUUAUGUGUGUUUUUCCUGCGACACAAGCGAUUAAUUAUUUCCAGAUGAGGGAAUAAUGCGCUUAUUUUGACUGCAUUCCUGUGGGGACGUGAUUGCUGCUUCACUUAUUGG